CCGUCUGAUCAGACUUGCAGCACCUGGAGAAAAACAGCGCGGCCUCUGAUCGAAGACACGCACCAAUCAGCCAUCCAAUGAGUGACAUACAAUCCAUUCGUCAUGGCAUGCGAAGUCGUGUGUGAAUAUUCACACUCGUUGCUCCAUCAGAGACCCAGCGGGGCAGCUGAUCGCGUAAGCACCAACCAACCAUCCUUUCAUCCAGUGAGUGAAGUGAGCAUGUGAUUUGAUACCUCGAAGUCGCCCCUGAGAAUCUUUCCGUACAGCUUGGCCGUGUCGUCGCGGUCCUCGAAGGGCAGGUGCCCGCAUAUUAGGGCGUGGAGAGUUAUCCUGCAAUGCAUCCCAUCCACAACACAACACGGCAUAACAGCACACAGACAGACACAGACGUGUCUGGUAUGCGUUCUGUAAGGCAAUGCGGGCUGGGCUGCUUGGCUGGUUCACCCGCACGACCACACAUCAUCGCACACGGCGGGCACGUACUGACGGCCAGCGAUCAUCUGCAAGGCAAGACAACACAACACAACACACGUGAAUGGCCAAGUGAGCAUCGGGUGAGGAGGAAUGCAUGUCUGUGUGUGGUGUGUCUCACCUCGGGUGCGGCAUAAGUCGGCGACCCGCACGACGUCUUGAGCAACUGACCGGC